GUUCCAUUAAUGACGUGUUGUUCCGAUGGCAGACAAGGGAAAGAAGGAUACCACACCACCCCCUCUGCUGCUAAUGCCAGCAGGAGGGGGACUUACUUUGAAUCCUCCCACGCAAUCCAAUCUUUUAAUGCCAGUGGUGCAAUCGGAGCCUUCAUUAUUGGGAUCAGAUGAAGAAGGAGAAGCCGAUAGUUUUGUGGGACAGACUCCACCCCAAAGUUCACAGAGUGUUACCCACAGCACUCCAUUCAGUCAUUUUCAGAACACACCCUCAGGAUCAGAUCCUUUUGCACAUGUUGGCCACAAUCCACUGCCUCCUCAGUCAACACCAAGGAUGCAGUCUAAUGUUGCAGCCCCAAUGCCUCCCCCAUCAUUUGCUUCACCGACUCCUGCAGGCCCCCCUCCAGGUCCGUCUUCUGCAAAUGCAUUCAGAAAAACUGAAAGUCUAAGAAAAGUACAAUAUGCACAAAUGCCUCAAGGAACCUAUGCUCCUACUGGUGGAGGGGUAGGUGGUCCACCCCAAUUCCAAGGUCAGCCCCCUUUAGCGGUGCCAUCUUCAGGACCAUCAAUGUUUAGUCCCCCUCCAGUGGCCCAGGUGCCUCCAACAAUGAAUCAAACUCACCAACCCCCAUCCUCCCAGUCCCCAAUGCCCCCUAAGCCCAGUUUUACUGCCACAGUUCCCCCUCCCUCAGGGACUGGAGCUACUGUAGAAGGGAGUGGUAUCUACAUUCCUGUUCAGCCACAUUGGUGUUUCUGUAAGAAAGUGGAGAAUCGUGACAUCUGGUAUCCAUUCUCUUUAGUGGACAGCAUGCGACUGGAGGAUGCUCUUAGAUCUGGUAAAACUUCUGAUCCGAUACCAACAGAAGGUGGUCGUUAUGAUGCUAUACUUUCUGACAGACAGCGAGUAGCUGUAUACUGGGAAGAAUCACCCAACCCCAUCCGACGAUGUACCUGGUUUUACAAAAGAGAAGGAGACAACAGAUAUGUUCCCUAUGAGGAACAUUUUGCACAGAAGUUAGAGGAGGAGUAUAGAAAUGCCCUUCAGUACAACACCUGGCAUAAACGCUUAGAGUUUCCAGGAGGGGAGACAAUUGUCAUGCAUAAUGCAAAUGUCAUAGUUCAUUUCACAGCCUCAUCACAGCCAGAUGAAUGGGGGUCCACUCAGGCUCCUUCUUCGUCAGUGGGGGAAGGCAUGCGUCCCAGAGUUGUUAAAAGAGGAAUAGAAGACUUCCAAACAAUUAAUGAUGGAGAACCUAUACAGAUAGAUCACCUCGUGUUUGUGGUACACGGCAUUGGGGACUUCUGUGAUGUCAAGUUCAGAAACAUCAUUGAGUGUGUUGAUGACUUCCGCUCUAUUUCCCUGAGUCUGCUCAAGUCUCAUUUUGGUACCUAUGUUGACCAGAAACGCAUUGGUAGAGUGGAAUUUAUCCCGGUACAGUGGCACUCAGCGUUACAUGGAGACACAACAGGACUAGAUAAGAGGUUAAAAGCCAUAACAUUGCCCAGCACACCCAAAUUACGUAAUUUCAUUAAUGACACACUGCUGGAUGUACUGUUCUACACAAGUCCUACAUACUGCCAGACAAUAGCAGACCAAGUAGGAAAUGAAAUGAACAGACUUCAUCAGUUGUUUCUGGAGAGAAACCCUCAGUUCCAGGGUACCGUGUCAGUAGCAGGGCACAGUCUGGGUUCCUGUGUGCUGUUUGAUUUACUGAUGCACCAGAAUGACAAAUCUGACCAGAGUAUUGACCCUUCCUUACCGAGUGAGCCCAUACAACAGACUAAUGGAGUGGAGAUGUCAGGUCUAUCAAAUACCUCCUUUAUCACAGAAACAGAAGAGAUAGAGAAAGAGGAGACAACUCUGGAGAAACUUCUCAGUCGUGUGGGCCUUCAGGACAAAGUGUCCAUGUUUGAACAGGAACAAAUCGAUCUUGAUGCGCUGACAAUGUGCACAGAGAGUGAUCUUAAAGAUCUAGGACUUCCCAUGGGCCCUAGGAAAAAAUUACAGGGCAUUCUGAAAGAGGAACAGGCCAAAAAGGAGAAAAGAAAACAUGACAAAGAAAGGAAAAUAAAAGAGUCAGAGGAGAGAAGAAUCCGAGAGCAGGUGGCAGCUGAAAUGAGGGAAGCAAGGGCUUCACAAGAGAAGUCACUUGUCCAAUCCAGCUCCAGUGUGUCUGUGGAAUUUCUGUUAGGACCUGCUGGGACAGGACAACCCUCGGUGAAGUAUCCUAAACUGGACUUCAAACCAAACACAUUGUAUGCUCUAGGAUCACCCAUCGGGAUCUUUCUCUCUGCUAGGGGUGUAGAUAACAUUGGGGAGGAAUUCACUUUACCCACAUGUCCCAGAGUGUUCAACAUCUUUCAUCCAUUUGAUCCGGUGGCCUACAGAUUAGAACCUUUAGUCAAUCCUUCAGCAUCUCAUAUAAAACCAGUGUUAAUGCCACAUCACAAGGGCAGGAAAAGGCUUCAUCUAGAAUUAAAAGAAAGCUUGACGAGAGUUGGAGCUGACAUUAAACAGAAGAUCAUUGAUUCUCUGAAGAGUACCUGGAACACUAUAAAUGAGUUUGCUAAAGCUCAUCGUAACCAGGAAGAAUCGCUGGAGCAGCACGUAGAUAGCCAAAUGUCGUCCGUCAUGCAGGAGCUGGAUGAUGACCAGUCAUCUGUUGCCUCCAGUCAACAAGAAGAUAUCUACAUGGGGCAGUUAAAUGAGGGCCACAGGAUCGAUUUUGUCCUCCAGGAGCGACCCAUUGAAAGCUUUAACGAUUACUUGUUUGCUUUAUCUAGUCAUGGAUGUUAUUGGGAGUCUGAAGAUACAGUAUUAUUGGUCCUGAAGGAGCUAUACUCCCCUCAGGGAAUGACCCCCCAGAUGCCUGGCCCAGAGGGAGCAGUGAAGCUAUACAACACUGCAGCAUCCCCACCCAGGGGAUCUGUCCCUCCUCCUAUGUCACAGUACCCCUCCCCUCCAUCAAACCAGCCUGUGGGAGUCCCCCUGAUGACACCUCCUUCACACGGACCCCCUCCAAUGAGGACUUCUAAUAUGAUGCCCCCUAGGGGCUCUGUGCCAUCUCCUUAUAUGAACCCAGGGAUGAACUCUGGUCCUCCUCCUCAGCCAGCCAGUUUUGGUCCCCCUCCACUGGCUGGCUUUGUCAAACCUCCCCAAAAGUAGAACAAACAUUGAUCACAGAAAUAGAUGAGCUGAAAACACUCUUAAAUAUAUUUGUUUUUAAAAUGUUAAGAUUUAAAUAAUAUAAAAAGGCUGUCAUGUGUGGAGUUUCUUUCAUUGCAGAACGUUUCAUUUUCAUCUCUGAUACUGUAAGCACAUUAUUGUUACUCAAAGUAUGCAGGGUUGGACAUUACAUGUAUUUAUAUUCAUGUGUGUGCAGAUAUAUGUAAUUUUUGCCUACUUCAGCUUGUCAUGGAUACAUUGAAAACACUCCUCACUGAAAAAAUUGUUUUAUUAGAUCUGCACAUUUUUUUGUAAGAGAUUCAUUACUAGUAUAUAUUUUAAAAAUAGAAUGUUAUUUAUUAAAAUUUGUGAAACAAAGGUGUAUAUACAUCUUUAUAUUGAAUUGAAUUAUAUCUUGCUAUCACAAAAUAUGU